UCUCUCUCUCUCUCUCUCUCUCUCUCUCUCUCUCUCUCUCAAGCGAAGACCAAGCAAGAACCAGAUCGAACUAGCUACUACUCCAUAUUGUUUCUCCAGACAUGGCAGCUUUGAGUUUCUAUGUCGGAGUUAUUGGCAACCUCAUCUCAGUGCUAAUGUUUCUUGCUCCUGUCUAUACAUUUGCGAGAAUCGUAAAGAACCGUUCUACAGAAGAGUUCACAAGUCUUCCCUACGUCUGCACAUUCCUCAACUCCUUCCUGUGGACUUACUACGGAAUCAUAAAGCCCGGAGCUUAUCUUGUAUCGACCGUAAACGGCUUCGGAGUUCUUGCCGAGAUCGUCUACAUCUCUCUGUUUCUCACAUACGCGACAGCAAACAAGAGGGCGAAUACUGUGAUCUGGAUUAGUAUACUGGAUGUGGGUUUUCCGGCGGCGGCCAUUUUAGUAACUUGGCUGGCGUUGAAGGGAGAUACACGUAUCAGUGCAAUAGGGUUCUUGGGUGCUGGCCUCAACAUCAUCAUGUACGCCUCACCUCUAGCUGCAAUGAAAACAGUGGUGACAACGAAGAGUGUGGAGUAUAUGCCAUUCUGGCUAUCAUUCUUCUUUUUCCUCAACGGAGGGGUCUGGCUUUUUUAUGCUUGGCUCGAACAAGAUUAUUUUCUUGGGGUACCAAAUGGGAUGGGGUUUUUACUCGGAGCAGUGCAGCUCGUGCUAUAUUGGAUUUACAAAAAACCAGCCAAGAAGGAAGACAAAAGCUUAUCAAGUGCGCUACUGGUGGAAGAAGGAAGUGAACAUGAACCUAUUACCUCAUCAGCUUGUACUGCUUAAUUAGCUCUUCAAUACUUGCAAAAUCAUUCAUUUCAGACGCACGUUUGAAGUUAGAAAUGUAGGUGAUUUUCAGCUUACAAUUAGUGGGCAUUUUGGAGCCCUUUAAUUACAUAGGUUUUUUUACAUUUCAACAGAAUGAUAAUAUGUGUAUAAGACAUAUAGUACUCUUCUGAGUUUCAAAAGGGCGGUCUCUAAUUAAGUGGUAUGUGUCUCUUCGUAUACGAGAAGAGGUCACAAAUAGAGUGCAACGGCAAAGAAGAUGAUGAGUGGAAGUGGUGCAGCCUAUUUCUUCUCUGCUGUAUCAUUUUUGGCGGAACCUUUCUAUCUUUUUGUUUGCUCAAAGAAUCGACAUUUUGCUUUUUUUUAUAGAACGUCGGAGGAGGCACACUAUAGCCUUGAACUUUCACUUUUUUUCUUUGAAAUCUAACAUCUUUGUAUUGUCGUGAUUUUUCUUUCUUUCUACUCUAUAAAAGUAGGUCGUGUUUAUUUGUGUGUGUGAUUUGAUUCUUGAGUUGUCUUGCGCGCAUGCUCCAUAUAAGGCCAUGCAUGAAUCUAAGGGGCAAAUGCUUAAUAAAUUAACACUUUCUUUUAAUUGGCCGGUAUGUAAUGACCACAAUAUAUAUUUUGGAAUGAAAUAACUCAAAUAAGUGUGUUUGGUAGGGAACAGUCUGUUAAGAUUGCCAAGAUUUUAAGUGAAACUUAAGAGACUCAGGCAAAUCUUGGCCCAUAUAGUUCGAGUCACCGAAACUGCUAUUGAAAUUUAAGAUUUAGACAGUCGAUUCAAUCCAUUCCUGCAACUGCUCUCUUGCAAUUUUUUUUUGUUAUACUUGCCUAACAAAUUGCACAGAUCAAUAUAUACCUAUCGAAUUAUUUAGAACCAAUAGCGUCUUACAAGUCUCUUCCAUAAGAUUGUAAGGCGGCCGAGGAUUAAAAACAUCUCCCAUUAUAAGCUAAAAAACCAAAUUUAGCCUCUGUUUACUCCCGUCAUAAGCCAAAUUACAUUUUUCAAGAUAAAAAAAAUUGGCUUGAGCUAUUUGGUAAGCGAAAUUUGGCUUAUGAAGUUUGUAAUUAAACUAAAAUAAAAUGUUAUUUUAUUCAACUUUACAUUUCUCAUUUUAAUUUGAGAAAUUUUAUUAACAUGUCCUCAAACGCUAAAUACACAUCAUUUUUUUAUAUAAAUUAUUUAAGACUUUGUGGGUACGUAAAAUUACCAAAAAAGACAUUCAUAUCAAAAAUAAAGAAAUCUAGCUGAAAUAAAAUAUUUCACUUAAGAGUUUUCUUAUAUCCACUUCAAGAAAAAAAAUGUGAGAAGAUACCAA